AUGCCUUCCUCAUCUCCAAUCUACGACAAUCUACCUGUAGAUUCUGAGACAAUCCGCAUCCUCACCCUUCUCCCUUCCCUCGACCAAAGCUCAGAAAUCCACUGCUCGCUCGGUACUGCCAAGUUCUUGCGGUUUGGUCCGGACGGUGCCGUCACAGGAAUUAAACCCCGCUUCGAAGCACUGUCAUAUACCUGGGGAGCACAGCAACCCCGCUACAAGCUGGUCUGCGACGGCUCCGAGAUCGAAAUCAACCAGAACCUCUUUGAAGCGUUGAAAGCCUUGCGGUAUGUAAAUGUGGAGAGGAAGCUCUGGAUCGACGCCGUAUGCAUCAAUCAAGAGGAUAAGGAAGAGAAAGCGGUCCAAGUUCCCUUCAUGAAAUAUAUCUACCAGUAUGCCACGUGCGUUGUGGUGUGGCUCGGUCCCGAAGACGCCGAAACGAAAACCGCCUUUGCACUUAUACGCCUUGCGUCGAAAUGUGCACAGCAGGAAUUGGGCAAAGACAUAGAUGAAUGGGGGGCCUUGGUAGGCAUUCUCAAGCGACCAUGGUUCUAUCGCUGCUGGAUCAAACAGGAGUCGGCAUUUGCGUCUGUCGCCAUGAUU